AUGACAGACCAGGAUCUGCUAGCUCAAAUAGAGCUUUUGAAGAAGGAAAAUGCACAACUAAAGGAGAAGCUGAAGAGUCAAGAUGAUGAGCAGUUGUCUCUGGAGGAAUACAGUAGAUAUGGUAGACAAAUGAUUGUUGAAGGUACAGGAGGUGUAGUGGGUCAACUGCGGUUGAAGAAGGCUAAAGUGCUAGUGGUCGGUGCUGGUGGUCUCGGUUCUCCUUCAUUGCCAUAUCUAGUCGGUGCCGGUGUUGGGACUAUUGGUAUUGUUGACAACGAUAUUGUUGACACUUCUAAUCUGCACAGACAAACUAUCCAUAAUACUGCUAAAGUUGGCAUGUUGAAAUGUGAAUCUGCCAAGCAAGUUUUGAAGGAUUUAAACCCACAUGUGAACAUCAAUACAUAUCCUGUUAGAUUGGGCCCUGAAAAUGCUUUCUCGAUAUUUGCAGAUUAUGAUAUAGUGAUGGACUGUACUGAUACUCCUUUAACCAGAUACUUGAUCUCGGAUGUUGCUGUGAAUCUGGGCAAAACUGUGGUUUCAGCGUCAGGUUUGGGUACUGAAGGUCAACUUACAAUUUUAAACUUCAAUAAUAUUGGACCAUGUUAUAGGUGUUUCUAUCCUGUGUCUCCAAACCCAUAUGCAGUGUCUUCUUGUCAGGAAGGUGGGGUUAUUGGACCAUGCAUUGGUCUAGUUGGUACCAUGAUGGCAGUGGAGACUUUGAAAAUAAUAAUGGGUGUCUAUAAUAAUGAAAACUUUGAACCAUUUCUAUUAUCUUAUUCAGGCUUUCCGAUUCAGAGCCUGAGAAGAUUUAAAAUGAGAGGUAGGCAAUCAAAAUGCCAGACAUGUGGAGAUGCACCUGUCAUCACCAAAGAAGCUAUUGAAUCGGGAAUUAUUGAUUAUAACAUCUUCUGCGGCUCAAGAAACUAUAAUGUUUGUGCUGAGGGAGAGAGGCUCACAGCUAAAGAAUUUGACGAAAAUUAUGGGCCUGAAUUCAGUGGAAACAACAAGGUUUUGUUAGAUGUUAGGCCAUCGCAUCACUUUGAUAUAUCACAUUUCAAUAACGCCGUUAAUAUUCCCUUGAAGGAAUUGCGUGAUAUGGAUGGUGAUAUUAGUACGCUACAGAGCAGAAUACCAAACAUUAAUAAAAAUAGUGAAGUUGUAGUUCUCUGUAGGUACGGUAACGACUCACAAUUAGCCACGAGAAUGCUAAAAGAUGAAUUUGGCAUAACAAAUGUCAAAGAUGUGGCAGGUGGUUUUUUCAAAUAUAUAGAUGAUGUUGAUCAAAGCAUUCCAAAAUACUAA